UUCUGGCUCAGUGACCUGGUUCCCUCCUCCCAGCACAGCCGUCCCGAAGCAGAGCUCGUUCAUCCAGAGUGGAGACGUCUGAUCCAGAGCAGGGACCCCAGCUUCGGAGACAAGAUUGCAGAUCAGGAGGAGAGACCUUUGGUCUAGAGCAGAGACUCCAAAGCAUCCUCUUCCUCACCCCCCAGUCUUUGCAGCGAUGACUGGCAAAGCAGCACCUCCAGCCACAAGCCCAGCUCCAGCGGCUCCACAGAAAAAGCCGACGCCAACCCCGAAGGAAGAACCAGCACCAGCUCCAGCGCCAACCCCGAAGGAAGAACCAGCACAAGAACCGGCACCAGCUCCAGCUCCAGCCGCUGAAGAGCCCCCAGCCCCAGAGCAUCCCCCUGCUGUGGAGCAGCCCCCAGCCCCUGCAGACGAGCCUGCUCCUGUCCCCACGCCAGAAGGAACUCCAGCCCCGGAGGAAGGUGUCCCAGCACCUCCAGCUGAACCCCAAGCCCCAGCUCCUGAACCUAAGCCUGAGAAACCAAAGGCAGAGCCACCCAGCUCCCCCUUGUCUUUGUCCGUGGAAGAAGUAAGCGAAAACUCAGUUACGCUGACCUGGAAAGCGCCGGAGCAGACAGGCCGGUCGGGCCUGGAUGGAUACAUGGUGGAGAUCUGCAAAGAUGGAAGUACAGACUGGACCGGUGUGAACGAGGAGCCUUUUCUUUCCACACGAUACACAAUCCAAGACCUCAGCUCCGGUGACAAGAUCCAUGUACGGGUGAAGGCUGUCAGCGCCAGUGGUGCCAGUGUCCCAGCUACUUUGGAGCAGCCUGUCCUCAUCAGAGAGAUUCUCCAGCUCCCGAGGAUCCGCAUGCCACGUCACCUGAGGCAGACUUAUGUCAGGCAUGUUGGGGAUGCCGUGAAUGUGAUGAUCCCUUUCCAGGGAAAGCCGAAGCCUGAGGUGAUCUGGACCAAGGGAAACCAGCCUCUGGAUACCAGCCGCAUCAACAUCCGCAACACGGAGAAGGACACCAUCUUCUACAUCCGUCAGGCCCAGCGCAGUGACUCGGGCAACUACGAGCUCACUGUGCGGAUCAAUGGAGCAGAGGACAAGGCUACCCUGGACAUCCGAGUAAUUGAGCCUCCUGGACCGCCACAGAACCUGAAGUUGGUGGACGCGUGGGGCUUUAAUGUGGCCCUGGAGUGGACUCCCCCAGUGGACAAUGGGAACUCUGAGAUCAAGGGCUACGUGGUGCAGAAAUCAGACAAGAAGAGUGGGAAAUGGUUCACGGCACUGGAGCGCUGCACCCGCACCAGCUGCACCAUCUCCGACCUCAUCAUUGGCAACACCUACACAUUCCGUGUGUUCGCAGAAAAUGCCUGCGGGCUGAGCGAGAAAGCAGCCGUCACCUCCGGAGUGGCCCACAUCGAGAAGACAAAAACUGCUUACCAGCCAGAGAAGAUCCCCCAGCGGGACAUGAUGGAGCCUCCAAAAUUUACCCAGCCCCUGACAGACCGAACCACCACCCGGGGUUACAGCACACAUCUUUUCUGCUGCGUCCGGGGCUUCCCCCAGCCCAAAAUUAUCUGGAUGAAAAAUCAGAUGGAGAUAAGGGAAGACCCCAAAUACAUAGCAAUGAUUGAGCAGGGUGUCUGCUCCCUGGAAAUCCGCAAACCCAGCCCUUUUGAUGGGGGCAUCUACACCUGCAAAGCUGUGAACCCCUUGGGGGAAGCCUCAGUAGACUGCAAACUUGAUGUGAAAGUGCCCCAGUGAGGACAGAUCAGAGGGCGAGGCGAAGAUCAAGCAGGUGUGCUCCCACAGGACUUGGCUUGUUCCUUUACCCCAGGUGGAUGCUGCAGCUGCUGGGCAGCAGCAUGGCACAUGGUGAUGCUCCUGGCCAUGGUCUCUGCUGCCUGCUGGCCUCCUCCCUCCUUGGCAGUGGUUGGAGCGGGGCUGCACCUCAGCCUGCGGUGACAUGGUCCUCUCUGAAUGUGUCCUGAGCUGCGACAAUAAAACCCCAUCUGAGGGCCUUUGGUCCUAAUAAAAAAAA